CAUAGAUCAAGGACUUAACCACAACUUUCUCCCAUUUCUUGCUCGUGUCAUUCACUUUUUACGAAUUGGAGGUGAAAUUUUGAAGACUGUAGAAACAGUCGAGGAAAAGCUCAACAGUACGAAAAUGGCCGCUCGUUCAGUCUGCUGCCCCAAACGUUUUUCAUCUCUAUUACUCUCUCCCAAAGUGACUCCAUUUGCUCCAGCUUACUUUUCCACACAAAUUGGUUGUGACUCCCCGGUUCUGGUUAGGGAUUUUAUUCACGCAGCUUUGUAUGAUUCAAAACAUGGGUAUUUUUCUAGUAGAUCAGGCUCAGUUGGGGUGCUUGAGAGAAGCAUUAAGUUUAAUCAGCUCGAAGGACGUAAAGCUUAUAUGCAACACCUAGAUAAAAUCUACAAGCAAAGUGAUAUCUCAUGGUUUACUCCAGUUGAGCUCUUUAAGCCUUGGUAUGCUCAUGGAAUUGCUGAAGCAAUCAUGCGGACUACGAACCUCUCUGUUCCGUUAAAAAUAUAUGAGAUUGGAGGUGGAUCAGGAACUUGUGCAAAGGGUGUAAUGGAUUACAUAAAACUGAACGCACCAACAAGAGUUUAUGAUAAUAUGAGUUACAUUUCAGUAGAAAUCAGUCCUUCACUAGCCAAAAAGCAACAAGAAACUGUUGGAGAAGUAAAUAGUCACUUGGCAAAGUUUAGAGUAGAGUGCCGUGAUGCUGCUGACCCAAAUGGGUGGGGGAUCGAGCAACAACCUUGCUGGGUCAUAAUGUUAGAGUUACUUGAUAAUCUUCCACAUGAUCUGAUCUUUUCUGAAAAUCAAGUUUCACCUUGGAUGGAAGUGUGGGUUGAAAAGCAACAUGACAGAAACGUGACUCUUGGCCUUGUCAAAGCAUGUAGACAUCCUUCGAAAUGUGGCAGAUUUAUAAGAAAAGCUCACUUUUAUCUAACUAAAGAAAGCAAAUUGGAUCUGCAUGAUGGUAUAUGCAGUUCAUUAACCUUUUUGCUUAUUCAUUUGCAGAAAGACGGCAAUAGUUCAGAUUACAACACUUAUCUGGAUGCAAAGGGUGAUGCUGAUAUCUUUUUCCCUACAGAUUUCUGGCUUCUGGAACGCAUGGAUCAUUAUUGUUCUAGACAGUUGAAGCCAAACCAACAUAAAUCGUUGAAGAAGGGAAAGAAGAGACGGACAAUUACGCUUGACACGUCAUCUUUUAUGGAAGAAUUCGGCCUUCCCUCCAAGACAAGAACCAAAGAUGGAUACAACCCCUUGUUGGAUGAUUUCAAUAACACUAAAUUUUAUCUGAGUGUUCCAACACAUAAUGUCAAAUAGAAAUCUAGCAGAUUGAAGAGACCCAGGGAUUGAGACUGGAUACAACACCACUUUUGUGCUUGAAGAUAGAAGAAAAAUUAGAUCUUGCUAUAUUCUGGAUGCUAUAUGGGAGAGACACGCAUCUCUGGGAUGCCAACAUAAGAAGCCAUUCUUCUGGUUUGCAUUUAUUCAACAUAGGAAAUUGAACAUGGCGCCCCUGUUUGAACGUGGCCCUGUUCAAGCAGAAUCCAUUUUUAUUUAUUUGUUUCAGUGAAGUUAUAACUAUUGUUAUAUUUUAGUAUUAAAAAUUACAAUUUGCCCUGCGAUCCUAUAAAACUACACCGAUAUAAUGAAAAAUGCAUCUUGCACGCAUAAA